AUGUCGUGGAACGAUCCAGCGCCGCUGGAGGCGGGCCCCGGCCCGCAGCCGAGCCCAGGACUGGCGACGAGCGUCGCGCCACGCGACAGCUACCCGAGCCUCUUCCAGUCGUGGCCAUCAAGCCUCGGCCCACAGCCGAGCCGGGGACUGCAGCCGGCGCCGCUGACGCUCGGGGCGCCACCGCUUCCAGCGGCACCGAGUGGCUCUGAGGGCCACCAGCAGGCGGCCGCUGUGGCUGCGAUUGUGGCCGCCCCUGCUGCGCUCCGGCUGCCGUCGCUGGGCGCUCUGACGGCGAUGCCCGCCCUGGCUGCGCCGGCGUCGGCGACAGUCGCCUCGGCUGCGCCGCAACUGCCGCAGCAGCCACAGCCGGCCCAGGAGUUCGCCACUGUGCCCAUCGAUGAUCUGGACUUGUCCAUGUACCUCUCCAGGGUCAUCGACAUGGUGGACCUCGAGAGACAGAUGGAGGCGAAGGUCGCAGUAUUUGAGCAUCUGUUGCAUGGGGACGCCGCCGCUCGGGUGCGCGCCGCGGUCCAGGCGCAAGAGCAGGCGCUUGCCGCCAGCGUUGCCGACGAACGCGCCCGUGCCCAGCUGGAGAUGGGCAUGGCGUUGGCGGCCCAGCAGGCCCAGCAGGGCCAGUUCGUGGCCGAGUCCCAGGCCAUCACGCAGUACAACGUGGCGCAGUUCAUGGCAGGGGUUCGCGACGAGAUGCAGCAGUACGAGGCGCAUCUCGUGCAGCAGUGCGCUGUGGACCAGCGCGAGGCCAUGUGGACCGGAGUCAACCAUGUCCAGAACUACUUCGAGGGCGUCUUCAACCAACUCGUGGGGGAGAUGCGGCAGCAGUGCGAGGGCCGAUGCCGGGACCUGGCCGAGAGCCUGGUGUCGCAGGGCCGCGCGGAGCUUCUGAGGGCCGAGGCCCACAUCGGCGGCGAGCACCAGGCCAUGGCGGCCCGGCUCCGGCUGGAGUCAGAGGAUCUCGCCAGCGUGGAGCGGCGCGCCGCCACGGCGGCAAGGUCAAGCGACAGGUCGCUCCAUCUCGCAUCUGUCAGGGAGGAGAAGCACGUCGAUUUCGUCGAGUCGGAGGCAAACGACCGAGAGCGAGCGCUUCGCAGUGAACUGGCAGACCACGUCCGCGCCCUCCGCCAGGAGCUCCGCGACCAGGACACGCACUGGCGAGCUGAGCUGCGGCGUGCCGGCGAGCCGGCGGUCGCCAUCGCGACCCAGCAGGCCAUCGCGACCCGCGACGCCACACAGCGUGAGGUCGACCAGUGGGCCGCGGAGAUGGUGGCUGCCAGCGACGAGCGGCUCCGCGAGGUUAUGAACUCGGAGGACGAGGCGAUCAUCGAGAUGCAGGACGCUCAACUGGAACUCCACACGUGGAGAGCCGAGGCAGAGGCGUGCCGCGACGAGUUGGACCAGGCUGCGCUGAGGGAUCGGCUCCCCCUGGCGCCGAUGGCAGCCUUGCGGCAGCCGCCGCCGCGUCUGGCGACAGCACCGCCACAAACGCUGACGACGUCGGUGUCUCCAGGCCUCCCACAGGCCAGCGGGGCGCCGGCAGGUGUCGAGCAGCCCCGUACGAGUGUCGCCAUGCCGUCGCUGCCUGGGCCCUCGCUGCGAAUGCGACCGCGGGCCGAGCCCCCGACUGCGGCUGUCCCAGUGGCCACCGUGGGCAUUGCGAGCCCGCAGCAGGCCUGCGGCGACCCGGCCGCGUUGCUGAUCGUCCCGAAAAAAUGGCAGCCAUUCGACGCCGAGCUGUUCUCCGCGGUGAUGCGGUACUCAGCGGGCGAGCCGAAACGCAAGCUGACCACCUGCCGGGAGCAGUGCUACAAGCAAGGGGUCCCGCCCGCAGGGCGAUGGGCUUUCUGGCAUGCGAUCCGCAAGUCCGUCCUCGAGCGAGGCACCGCUACUCAGGUCGAUCUGACGGCCCUGAUGACGCGCGAGUUCCGCGGCGACCUCAGCCUGUACCUUGAUGGCCUUGACGCAAUCCUGGAGCACCUCCGGGAACCACCUGACGAAGCUCUUCUCCAUGCUUGCGUUGUGCCGCAGCUGCGGAAGUGCAGGCCUUUGGCAUUGGACUUCGAGCUCUACGAUCGCGCCGAGGAAGGCUCGACGGAGAAGACGCUGCAGUUCUUGUACGACAAGGCCAGGGACUACGUCAGGCGCAAGCAGAUGCAAGACGUCGUGGAUUCCCUCCUGAAGCCAGCGCCCAUGGUAACGCCACUGAAGCCGAAGGGCACGGGUAAGGGCAAGAAGGGCGCAGAGGGCGCAGGGGGCGCCGCGACCACGUCGAAGGACGUCUGCAGGAGGUUCGUCGCUGGCACGUGUACCAAAGGCGACGCCUGCAGGUACGGCCAGGAUUGCAUCUUUCGGCGCUACUCCACCCCUCCCACCAAGGGCGACACAAGGGCGCCCAAGAAGCAGAUGAUCUGCAACAUCCAGGCGUCUGUGUACGACGAGUGGGCGCUCGACACGGCGUCCGCCCUCGACGUCGCGAACUCCAGGGUCGCCGGAUCCAAGGGUAAGGCGAACGUCGCCACGGCCAUGUGGUCAGCAGGGGGGAUCGUGGACUCGAACGAGACAGUCACCACCGACCUCGCCCCCCUCGGCGAGACGAUCACGGCGCAUGUCCUCCCAGACACGCCCAACGCAUUGGCACUUGGACGACGUUGUGCGGAGAAGGGCGUCGGCUUCUACUGGCAGCCGUGCGCGGACAAGCCGUCCUUCAUAUCGCCAUAA